AUGCUAGAUGUAAAAUACUAUUCAUCUAUUUAUCUAUUUUCAUGCUAUCUCACACUGGAGCAAUCUAUCAAUCUCAGGCUAUCUAUCUAUCUAUCUAUCUUCUAUUCAUCUAUCUUUCUAUCUAUUUUAUCUCUACACUUCUCUAUCUAUCUAUCUAUCUAUCUAUCUAAUCUAGCCAGGUCUGUUCAUUUUUCCAUCUAUCUAUCUAUCAUUCAUCUAUCUAUCUAUCUAUCUAUCUAUUUAUCUAUCUAUCUAUCUAUCUAUCCAUCUAUCUAUCUAUCAGGUCCUGUUCAUUUUCAUCUAUCCAUCAUCCAUCUUUUUCUGUUCUUUCUAUCAUCCAUCCAUCUUCUCCAUUAUCUAUCUGCCAGCCAGGUCUGUUCAUUUUCUAUAUCAUCUAUAUCUGAUCUAUCUAUCUAUCUUCAUCUAUCUAUAAAAUAUCUGUUCAUUUUCAUCUAUUGUCUGUUCAUUUUUCAUUUAUCUGUAAUUCAUCUAUCUAUCUAUUCAUCUAUCUAUCUAUCUAGCCAGCUAGGUCUGUUUAUUUAUCUAUACUUGAUAAUUUAUCAUUCUCUAUCUAUCUAUCUAUCAUUCAUUAUCUCAGUCUGUUCGUUUCUAUCAUCUAUCUAUCUAAAUCUAUCUUUUCUAUCUAUCUAUCUCAUUCAUCUCAGUCUCUUUCAUAUUUAUUUCUAG